AUGAUGAUACCGCUAAUGUCAAUCGAUUCAAUAUCGAUCGAUAAUCACACACCUGGACAACAAACAAACACUCCCAACAACUCAACGACAACCACCACCACUCCAACAACACUAACCCCAACAUCUUCACAAUUUAACAUAUCAAUUAAUAACAAUACCAAUAAUAAUAAUAAUAAUACAUCUGGACAUGUAACACCAAAUGGAGGAGGUACUCCAACAUCAAGUUUCCUUCAUCCAUUAUCAAACAUUUCAUCUGCAACUGGAACUGGAACCAUUUCAUCUGCGAAUCAAUCAUAUCUUUCAGCGAUUGCAAUGAAUGCAACAUCGAAACAAAAACAAGAAAAAGAUAGAGAUAAAGAAAGAGAUAGAGAUUUACAGGAAUCAGGAACGACAUCAAACUACUACACAAUUACAAUACUAUCAAAGGAUUUUAGACAUUCGAAACUCUAUUUCACUAGUCAGAUGCUGAGAGACAGCCUGAUGGACACGAUCGUUUUCCACUCUCGCACCAAACUAGAGAGAAUACUGAAACACAUAGAGACAAACCGACAGCUUCAACAAAAGAUUGCUCACGACAACAUGAAUUUGGAGGUGGAAGAUAGAAUUGACCAUAUCGAUAAAUUCGAGUAUUACGGUGUUUUCGAAGAGCCUCUGCCCUAUUUGUUUGCACAUGUUUUCCGACUGCCCGCUGACGCCCUGCAGCUGGCAGAAGACGGCUGGCAAAUCUACUCACCAAAGAGGGAGUACGCUCGCUUCGGAAUAAGCGAAGAUAGCAACAAUAGUACACGUUGGCGAUUCACCAAUAUAAACAAGGAUUUCAAGAUGUCCGCAACCUAUCCGUCGUCGUUGGUCGUCUCCAAAACUCUGACCGAUCAACAACUGGAAAAAGUAUUUGGAUAUCGAAGUAAAGGACGUAUUCCUGCGCUGGUCUGGAGGAAUCCAUUGACUGGUGCUGUCAUUGUGCGUUGUAGUCAACCGCUAGUAGGACUAUCGAGUGCUCGUUGCGUAGAAGACGAACUGUAUCUCAGUGACUUGGCGACGAAAUCGUCAAACAUCUACCUACUUGAUGCACGUCCAAAGUUGAAUGCCAUUGCCAAUACAGCGAAUGGUGCAGGUUUCGAAAACAUUGCAAACUAUCCGAAUUUAUCGAUCUGGACCGAUGUCAAUAAGAAUCUACCAUAUUUCAGUAAUCCAUUCUAUCAAUCACAACAAGAAGGUAUUGUUUUGCGACCAAAUCUAAAUCUACGUUGUAUUGAACCGUGGAAAGCACUCUAUCAACGAACAGACUCACAAAAUACAUAUAUUCACAAUCUAUGGAUGAUUCAAUCACAUCAACAAUUGAAAUCAUCAACAUCGAUAUCAACAACAAACAAUCAAUCUCAAUCUCAAUCUCAAUCUCAACAACAACAACAACAACCUAUCACAAUAUCCAACAAUUCACCUUAUUUACCUGCGACUGCCACUUCAGCUCAUUCACCAUCAAUAACACCUACACCAUCACCACCAGCCACUAUCAGUAGAAGCAGUAAUGUACAGCGAACAUCGAGAUGUCAUAAGAAAUCAUAUUCCAACAACUCUACUUCAUUCGAUGUGAAGAGUAAUCAAUCUUUCUAUAACAAUGAGAAUAAUAACAAUAGUAACAAUAGCAAUAGUAGUAAUAGUAAUCUGACGAAAUCCGAAAGUUCAACAAGCAGCAACAAAUCAAGCUCCAAUCCAGGUAUUCUCUUUAUAAGAAGUAAUGAACACUCCAAAAGUCAGAACUCUCAGAAACAACAUUUCCUCGCAUCACAUCGUCCACCCAGUAAAGAUCCAUCACCCAAAACAUCGAUGUCAUCGAUGAGUUCACUUGCACAAUCGCUACCCAGUAACCACCAAUCAACAAUAACAACAUCACUCACAGUUAACAAUUCCGAUUUUCAUUUAGGUGGUCCAUUAAUAUAA